ACAGCACUGCCAGCAUCAUCGCCAGACGGCGGCGGUUCCACAGACUGACCCAGGAACUGUACGAGCUCCCGGUGGUGGUGUGGGAUGACGGGGAACCUGUCCUGAGCAGCACCAGUACCCUGACGCUCAGGGGCUCAGCACGGGCGGCUCUCAUUGCCAUUCUGCUCUGUGUGCUGAUUUUACUGGCCAUUGUGAUUCUAUUCAUUACGUUGCGCCGAAGCAAAAAGGAGCCGCUGAUCAUCUCGGAGGAGGACAUUCGUGAGAACGUGGUGACGUACGACGACGAAGGAGGCGGAGAGGAGGACACAGAGGCCUUCGACAUCAUCGCCCUUCGGAACCCAGCCGCCGCCGAGGAACUCAAGUUCCGCCGGGACGUCCGGCCCGAGUGCAUUCGGCCGUGGUCUUCACGGAGACUGGCCCGCGGCCGUCUCAGCCCCUCAUCCCUGGAUAUCGAUGAGGAAAUGGAGGUUGGAGAGUUUAUCAAACAGAGGGUGGCCGAGGCAGAUCAGGAUACUAGCGUACCACCCUAUGAUUCUUUACAGACCUAUGCCUACGAGGGUCAGGGGUCACCAGCAGGCUCCAUCAGCUCGCUUGGGUCAGCUGGAGCACGUUCCGACCUGGACUACAACUCUCUGGAUGACUGGUGUCCAAAAUUUGAGAAAAUAGCAGAACUUUAUGGAGAGGAAGUUGAAACAGCAUCCGAAUCCACUGAAAAGGCAGAGUCGGAGAAGCAGACAUAAGUAUUUGUCAAUGUCAAAGAAAAGUAUGAACAAAAAAAAGACAAAAACAACAACAAAGAAAUUUCUCUUUUUCAACAUCCGCCGUCAUGGUUUCAUCAGUACAAUGAGAUGCUCUUGGACUGCUGCGCUGCCGUAACUCUUCAGCUGUAAAGUCAGACUGACUGCCUUUUUUCUCUUGUUUCUUUUGGAUGUUCGGAGCUCUGAAUCCCAACAAGACAAGAAUGAUUUUGAA